CUCAUCGCCUUUCACAGCAGGUACACAACUUUUCGUUCAGACCAUAUAAUAAAUGAUUUUAAAGAUUGUCAAUUGUGUGCAAUCAAGUUAAAUCUGCAUAUUCAUUUGUUGUAUCAAGGGUGCUAUUACAAAACGGAUGACUGCUAUAGAAGAAAUGGCUGGAAUGGAUGUCAUCUGCAAUGACAAAACUGGAAAACUUACCCUGGAAUCGCCUCAGUAUCGGUCAUGGGUUGAAGCCUUUUUUGAGGUUUUGCUGCCUUCUUCAAUAGCUUCUCUCAGCAAAUUCACAUCUAUGGGAACUUCGGUAUUCGUGGAAGGCGUGCUCAAAGAAUCAUCCAUAGAAGGAAAACAUAAAAUAGAGCUUCAAGUGGAGAAAUUUCUACAUGUUGGAUUUGUUGAUUCUAAUAAAUAUCCAUUAUCCGAGACACGACUACCUCUGGAUUUCCCAAGGAACUACUCCAAUUUCCGUCCUCGAACUACUACGUUGGCAUCAGUAACUAGAAUCCGCAGUGCAUUGACUCAUGGAACUCACACAUUCCUCUAAAACAACGGAUUCCUUCACGUAAACAUGCCCGUUAUCACUAGCAUUGAUUCAAAGGGUUUCAGUGAGAAGUUUCAUGUCACAACUCAUUCAGGAAAAGAGAAACCCGAAUCGCUUGUAAUGGACGACAACACUGGAAAUAUCAAUCUUCGAGCAGUUCAGGCAGCUAUCAAAGAGAAAAGUGACAGGAUUGAUGAGCUAAAGAGAAGUGAAAGCAACCGAGAAUCAUUAGCUCUUGCAGUGCAAGAUCUCAAAAAGGCGAACGAACUAGCGUUACAAUUGGAAAAACGAGAAAAGAAGCAUAAUAGAUCUUCAGCUCAGUCUGGGUCACUGGGCAUCUCUGACGAUUUCUUUCAUGGCCAAAUGUAUCUGACAGUUUCUAGCCAGCUUCACCUUGAGAGCUAUGCGAACUCUCUAGGCAGUGUUUACACAGCUGGACCUACGUUUUCGGCUGAUAAAACUCUGUCGAUGAAGCAUCUAGCUGAGAUGUGGAUGAUUGAGGUUGAAAUAGGCUUCGCCGAUUUAGAGGAUGUAAUGAACUACGCCGAGGACUACUUGAAGUUUUUCUGUCAAUGGGUUCUAGAUAAAUGCUCCAGGGAUCUGGUGUUUGCAUCAAAACGAAUUGACCAAGAAGUUAUGGAGCGCCUUCAAUUAGUAUCGUCAAGCUCAUUUGAAAAGAUCACUUACACACAUGCUAUAAAGUUACUGCAAGAGGUUCCAGAUAAGAAAUUUGAAACUAAAAUCGAAUGGGGCGUAGCUUUAACCGAAGAACAAGAAAGUUAUUUAGCUGAUGAGAUGUACAAAAAGCCUGUCAUAAUUUACAAUCACCCGAAAGGACUUAACCCAUUCUUCGUCCGUUUAAAUGAAGAUAGACGAACUGGUGCAACGUUUCAAGUGGUCUUACCAAAGAUGGGAACUUUAAUAAGAGGUAGCCAAAAGGAGGAGCGUUUCGAUAUUAUCAGCAAAUGGAUGAACGAACUAGCUUUGCUUAGAGAACAAUAUGAGUGGUAUCUGGAGUUUCGCAGGAACGGAACAAUUAAACAUGCAUGCUUCAAUCUAGAGCUAGACCAUAUGGUUCUCUUCUCCACUGGCCUUGUUGAUAUUAGAGAUGUCAUCCCUUUUCCUAGAAGCUACGGCAAUCCGAGAUUCCAAGACUGGGAAUCCAAGUGUUGCAGCUUCUGAUUCCUCCUGACAGUUUGGAUCAUUGGAUGAGAAUGAGAUAUACGAGUAAGUUUAUCGCAGCACCAAAGCUCUGAACCAAGCUGUCUUGUCUAUCGAGCUGUAUUAUCUAUUGAAUUUGCCUCCAUAUCUCUUAAAUAUGCUAUAGGUUUGUUCAAUAUAUGUUGAGUUGAGCUUUUAGUCUUUGUCCAAAUAUACCUUGCAAACUACGAUGGUCCAGAAAUAACUGCGUCGGCAGCGAUGAACUAGGCGUACUCUUUGUUUAAAUGUAAUGACGAGUUUGUGUCUGAUAGACGGAUAUGCCUACACCGCACAGAACAUUUUUUGAAUCUUAUCCUUCUGGAUUCUUUUACCUGCAUAAUGUAUGUUGAACAACUGUGCCUGCAUCUCCAAACUUAACUCUGCUUGUAUAAUAUUACAUCAUUUUCUAAUAAAUGUGAAUGUAUCCUGUCA